CUCAUCCUCCCCCUCCUCCCUUCAUCUCUUCUCUCCUCUCGACAGGCGGCAGGAUGGACGUUAUGAAUCAGUUGGUGGCCCAGGGUCAGUUCAGGGUGCUGAAGGUUCCUCUGGGCUUCAUUAAGGUCUUAGAAUGGUUCUUCGCCAUCUUUGCCUUCUCCACCUGUGGCAGUUAUUCGGGGAUGUUUCGGAUAGCGGUGGAGUGUAAGAACCGGACAGAAAGCGACCUGAGUAUAGAGGUGGAGUUUGAGUAUCCAUUCAGACUCCACCAGGUGUAUUUCGACGCCCCCACCUGUAAGGGUGGAAACACGGAGCAUCUCUUCCUGGUUGGCGACUACUCUUCCUCGGCUGAAUUCUUCGUCACCAUCGGUGUCUUCGCCUUCCUUUACUCCACGGCAGCUCUCAGCAUCUACGUCUUCUUCUUCGACAAGUACAAGGAGAACAACAAGGGCCCGCUGAUCGACCUGGGAGUGACCGGAGUGUUUGCCUUCAUGUGGCUGGUGAGUUCGGCGGCCUGGGCUAAAGGUCUGUCCGAUGUGAAGACGGCGACCAACCCAGACAAAGUGAUCACUCUGAUCACUGCCUGUGAAGCAGAGGAGAAAAACUGCCGUGAAGUCCACGACCCAGUCAUGUCUGGACUCAACACCUCUGUGGCAUUUGGUUUCAUUAACCUGGUCCUGUGGGCAGGAAACCUCUGGUUCGUCUUUAAGGAGACAGGCAUCAUCGCUCCCUUCAUGCAGGCUCCUCCUCCGCAGGGGAAACCUGCUGCACCAGAUGCCUACGGGCAGCAGGGGGCAUACGAACAAGACCCAUACGCCAGCAACCAGGGGGGAUACCAACCCGACUACAGCCAGCAAGGAUACAACCAGGAUGCAGAGUACGGUCAGGGCUACGGCCAGCAGGGGGCGCCCACCUCCUUCUCUAACCAGAUGUGAACUGACAGGAAGCAGAAAGCAUCGGAGUGAACAAAGAGUGGGUCGCCUGCAACCUACCCACAAUGCAACACUCCUGUCUGUCUGC